AUGUACCUUGAAUCAAACGAUGUAACUCAGUUGCUCAGAAGGUUCGAUCACGUAGAUAGUUGGAUUGGAGGAGGAGGAGAUCAUAUGGGAGCGCCAAACGACAUCCCUCGGGGUAGAAGUAGGAAGUCAUCCUCAAGUGGACACCACAGAUUCGUAGGAGUCCAACAGAGGCCAUCCGGGAGAUGGGUGGCUGAGAUCAAGGACUCCUUGCAUAAGGUCAGGCUUCGACUGGGAACAUUCAACACUACUGAGGACGCUGCUCAUGCGUAUGAUGUUGUUGCUCGGAACUUACGCAGUGCCAAUGCUCGCACCAACUUUGAGUUACUGCAGUUCAAAUCAAACACUUGCGGUGGCGCCGGUGCUAACCAUGUUUUCAACGAGAGUGUGGAGCCCUUCUCAUUCAAGCAAGGGAGUUACAUAUGA